AUGCCUCCAGUGUGCAUGUGCCGGAGCAUGCAUGUGCAUGAGUGUGCACCUCAUGCACACUCAUGCUCCAGUGUGCAUGAGGGCUCCAGUGUGCCCAUCAUGCAGUUAUGUGUCCCCAUCUUGGUGCCUGCACGUUGGCGUUUACCCCAACGUGCAGGCACUCCAGAAAGGGUGGCACACUCAUCAUGCUCCAGUAUGCAUGUGCCCCUCAUGCACAUGCAUGUGUGCACACUCAUCAGGGGCUCCAGUGUGCUCCUCAUGCACACUGGAGUGCAUGAGGUUCAGGGUUCUGACCGUUGUCUGUCCUUAUGGGCCAAACAACAGUUCAGAUUACCCACCCUUUUUGGUACGGGGUACUGGAGUGUGCCUCUCAGGGUCAUGCUUAGAAGAAGUGAACGUUUGAGAAACAACGGAUACUAUGAUAUGGAUGGACAACCUGUUAUUUCAUACAGGGAGACGCCAAUCAGGGCCAUAAGGAGGCGCUUAACAGGUCGUCCUGAAAACCACCCUGCAGUCACAUUUAGACAGAGGUCACAUUAUUCUGGUGACAAUGUGAUUGACAGAGAAAGACAGAUGAUGAUGACUCUGUUGCAGGGUGGUUUUGAUAUAUCAGUCUUUGUCUUUCUCAUCUUCGUCACUUUUGGAUGUAUUUGCUGUAUUAUUUCCUUCCACUCACGAUCUUCAGAGUUGUCUCUCACAACUCUAACAGACAUGGUUACGAUCUUUGGACACAAAGAUCAAAGACAUCUCUCCAACCUGGAGCUCUUGGAGCAGAAGGUUGACUACCUUCUGCCACAAGCAGACCUGUGGCCCAACUUUGCUCUGGAGUCUCAAGGAGCAAAUAUUUUACACAAGAUGACCUCAGAGGCUUAUGACAUCAAUAAAGAAGUUGGAAGGUUUGGGAAAUUGUUCAAGAGACCUCCUAUUGGCCCAGGCAUUGUUAUUAAGGGAAAAAAUCGUCUGCAACCUGGAAAAUGCUGGGCCUUUCCAGGUUUCCAGGGACGUUUGGGCGUCUCACUUUCACACCCAGCCACCAUCAGACAUGUGUCCCUGGGUCACAUUGCUAAGACUGUGUCCCCAACGUCCUCUGUCUCCAGUGCUCCCAAAGAAUUUUCUGUAUAUGUAAGUCAAAUAAAAUGA